AAGCCAAUAUAUGAGGCAUAUUUAAUUAUAAACACGACAAAGAGAAGGAUAACAAUCUGGAGUUUGUAAAUCGGUGGGAGGACUUCUGCCUCUCUCCGGAGUUUACCAGUAUCUUCUAAAUUUGUCCGCCUAUUCUUUCCCGAGGUUUAUUUAGAUCAAACUAUUUUCAAUUGUUUUGGGACUCCAGAGCCAAGCCAGGGGCCAUCACAUUUCAUUUUUUCUUCUUCAGCAGAAAUAAAAGCUUCUGUAUAACUCAUCAAGUGGUGUAUAGGCACGGUGAACCUGAAAGAUGGCAGGAGCACUAGCACAAUCAGCUAUCAAUUCAGCUAGUAUAAUAAGUGCUAAACAUUGUCAAAUUAAGGCAUCCUAUAGAUCAAAACAAGGUGUAAAGAUUUGCAACACCUUAAGAUAUGCCAAGUCUCUUAACAUGCCAGGCUUUUCUUGUUUAGAUCGAAGGACAUCAAUUGACACUAUAGGUUGUCCUCAAAAAAGAAACUUUAGAGCAGCAGUAUCUCUUCCAUGUACAAAGAGAAAAGGAAAACGAGGGGUGGUUGUGGCUAUGUUUGAGCGCUAUACUGAAAAAGCUAUUAAGGUAAUUAUGCUUUCUCAAGAGGAAUCAAGGCGCCUUGGACACAACCAAGUAGGUACAGAGCAGAUAUUGUUAGGUCUUAUUGGUGAAGGAACGGGCAUUGCAGCCAAGGUGCUGAAAUCAGUUGGAAUAAAUCUCAAGGAGGCUCGGGUUGAAGUCGAGAAAAUUAUUGGCAGGGGUACUGGUUUUGUUGGUGUGGAAAUUCCUUUCACCACCAGAGCGAAACAUGUCCUAGAACUGGCGUUUGAGGAAGCUCAACAUCUUGGGCACAACUAUAUAGGGUCCGAGCACUUGCUUUUAGCAUUGCUUAGGGAGGGUGAAGGUGUUGCAGCUAGUGUUCUUGAAAAGCUUGGAGCAGACCCAGCGAACAUCCGUGCUCAAGUAAUUCGCUUGAUAGGAGAAAGUGCAGAAGCUGUUACUUCUGGAGGAGGUGGUGCUGGCAAUAGCAACAAGAUGUCAACGCUAGAGGAGUAUGGGACAAAUUUGACAAAGCUGGCAGAAGAGGGGAAACUUGAUCCAGUGGUUGGAAGGCAGCCACAGAUAGAACGGGUUACUCAAAUAUUGGGACGCCGCACUAAGAACAAUCCAUGUCUUAUUGGUGAGCCAGGUGUUGGAAAGACAGCUAUUGCCGAGGGUCUUGCCUUGAGAAUUGCAUCUGGAGAUGUUCCAGAAACAAUCGAGGGAAAAAGGGUGAUUACUUUAGAUAUGGGCCUGCUUGUGGCUGGGACCAAGUACCGUGGAGAGUUCGAAGAAAGAUUGAAGAAGUUAAUGGAUGAAAUUAAGCAAAGUGAUGACAUAAUCCUCUUUAUUGAUGAAGUACACACUUUAAUUGGAGCAGGUGCUGCAGAAGGUGCUAUAGAUGCUGCUAAUAUUUUGAAGCCAGCCCUUGCACGUGGUGAACUACAGUGCAUUGGAGCCACUACUCUUGAUGAAUACCGAAAACACAUUGAGAAGGACCCAGCUCUUGAGAGGAGAUUCCAGCCUGUUCAGGUCCCAGAACCUACUGUUGAUGAGGCCAUACAGAUUCUGGGAGGUUUACGUGAACGAUAUGAGAUACAUCACAAGCUGCGCUAUACUGACGAGGCUUUGGUUGCUGCCGCUCAAUUGUCUAAUCAAUAUAUCAGCGAUCGCUUCCUUCCUGAUAAGGCAAUUGAUCUGAUUGAUGAGGCUGGUUCUCGAGUGCAUUUGAGACACGCACAGCUUCCUGAGGAAGCCAAAGAGCUGGAGAAAGAAUUGAGACAGAUAACAAAGGAAAAGAAUGAAGCUGUUCGAAGUCAGGACUUUGAAAAGGCUGCAGAGCUUCGGGACCGAGAGAUGGAAUUGAAGGCACAAAUUGCUACCAUAACAGAGAAAGGGAAAGAAAAAUCAAAGGCUGAGACUGAGAUGGGUGAUGCUGGUCCAACAGUAACAGAGGCAGAUAUCCAACAAAUUGUGUCUAUAUGGACAGGUAUUCCUGUUGCAAAGGUUUCAUCGGAUGAGUCUGGCAGACUUUUGAAGAUGGAGGGAACUCUUCACCAACGUAUUAUAGGGCAAGAUGAGGCUGUAAAAGCGAUCAGUAGAGCUAUCCGCCGAGCCCGAGUUGGUUUGAAGAAUCCUAAUAGGCCAAUUGCAAGCUUUAUUUUCUCAGGUCCCACUGGUGUUGGGAAGUCAGAGCUUGCCAAAGCAUUGGCAUCAUACUAUUUUGGUUCAGAAGAGGCAAUGAUCCGGUUAGACAUGAGUGAAUUUAUGGAGAGGCAUACUGUGUCAAAAUUGAUUGGUUCGCCCCCAGGAUAUGUCGGUUACACUGAAGGAGGACAACUUACUGAAUCUGUUAGAAGACGUCCCUAUACAGUGGUCCUGUUUGACGAGAUUGAGAAGGCUCAUCCUGAUGUAUUCAAUAUGAUGCUUCAAAUUCUGGAAGAUGGAAGAUUAACAGAUAGUAAGGGGAGGACUGUAGACUUCAAGAAUACUCUCCUGAUAAUGACUUCUAAUGUGGGAAGCAGUGUGAUUGAGAAAGGAGGGCGUCGCAAAGGGUUCCUCUUUGAUUUUGACGAUGAAGAGGAUGACAGUUACACAAGAAUUAAGAGUCUUGUGAAUGAAGAACUGAAAUCAUAUUUUCGUCCUGAGUUCUUGAAUCGACUUGAUGAAAUCAUUGUGUUCAGGCAGCUUAACAAGAGUGAGCUAAAAGAGAUUUCAGAUAUCAUGCUUAAAGAAGUUAUUGAACGUCUCAAAGGGAAGGACAUUCAUCUUCAAGUAACAGAUGGGUUCAGAGAGAGAAUUGUAGAUGAAGGUUAUAGCCCCACUUAUGGUGCAAGACCUUUACGUAGGGUAAUCAUGAGAUUGUUAGAAGAUUGUAUGGCUGAAAAAAUGCUUACUGGUGAAAUUAAGGAGGGUGAUUCUGCAAUAGUUGAUGUGGAUUCUGAUGGCAAAGUGACAGUCUUGAAUGGAACUAGGGGUACGCUGGAAUCACCAACCACCAUGGUUACCCUUGCUUAGGAAACGACCAUCCAAUUUUACCUCUACCAGAAAUCAUUCUGGCUGGUAACAUGUUCAUACAACUGUGCCCAGAUGGCAGAGAGUUAACCUUAGUUUUCAUCAGAGAACUUGUGUAGAUGUAUUUUGGUUUAUGCAAGUAUCGACCCUGUUGCAAUUACCCUGCAAAUCUGCAUGUGCUGCUUCCAACUUUACAAUAGAUGCUUCUUUGGUAUCCAAUUCUUUGGAUUUGGGCAUUGCCUUUUUCUCAUACAAUAUGACAAUAUGAUUUGUUAACAUCCAUCAUAAUGCAAGUGCAAUAAUUACCUCUAUGCUAGAUGAUAGUUCCUGAUUGAAAAUUUAAGGGCUAGGCUGAUAUUUUUUCAAGGCCAAUAAACAAUGUUCAUGGUGUCUGACCUUAAGUAAUCGCUUGACGUCCCGGUGUAAUUUGGACUAAGGCGGGAACCCUAAUGUUGAAACUAUAAUUGUACUUGAUAUCUUUGA